UCUCGCGGCAGUACCCAGUAUUCCGAGGUCGUCCGUUGGGGAACGAGUCACAGCACAGACUGGACUUCCAACUGAUGACCAAGAUACAGGAUACGCUGUUCAUCGCUGGCAGAGACCAGGUGUAUCUUGUGAGUCUCCGAGAAUCCUACAGGAAUGAGAUCAUUCCCUACAGGGUAAUUACAUGGAGGUCAGGCGAGGCAGACAGAAAAUGUGCCAUGAAGGGGAAACACAGAGAUGAGUGUCAUAACUACAUCAAGGUUCUGGUUCCAGAAAUGAUGACUGGUGUUCAUCUGUGGACAAACGGGUGUCAACCCAUGUGCCGGUACUACAGGGUAAGACAACAGCAGGUUGACGGGGAGGAAAUCAGCGGACUGGCACGAUGCCCGUUUGACGCCAAGCAGACCAACGUCGCUCUGUUCGCUGACGGGAAGCUGUACUCGGCUACGGUUGCUGACUUCCUGGCGAGCGACGCAGUGAUUAUCCGUAGUAUGGUGACGGCUCGGCCCCAGUGACUAUCAAAAUACGACUCACAAAUGGCUGAAGCCCCAUUUCCUGCAUGCAUGGAUUAUGGGAACUAUGUCUACUUCUUCUACAGAGAGAUCGCAGCAGAACACAACAACUUGGGCAAGCCCUCUACUCUCCCAACCCCUCUCUUCCCUCUCUUUUCUUCUCUCUGCUCCCAGGUGCUGUCUAACAAUGAGGAUGACAGGCAUAUUUUGUCGCUCCAUGUUGACAGAGACACACACAGUGUGUAUGUAGCUUUCUCUAGCUGUGUGGUUCGCAUGCCUCUCAGCCGCUGUGAGCGACACACUAACUGCCACAAGUCUUGUAUAGCGUCCAGGGACCCCUACUGUGGCUGGAUGCCUCAUGGAGCCUGUGAGAGGAUCCUGCCUGGAGUUCUUUUGGCCACUACAUCAGCGACAGAUUACAAAUCAUUUGGUGACCCGACCUCUGACAUGGAGUUGUCAUCUACGUCAUUCACAGACCAGCCCAGUGGGCCCAUACACCCCCCAGUACCCCCAGUACUCACCCCCACCCUGAGCCCCCAUCCUGGGCUUGGUCCCGGGGAUAGGCCUGGGUUGGGGCCUGGGGCUGGUUCUCCAGACCUGUAUGGCUCAGGGUUUGUGCAGCAGGAUGACCCGGCCACCUCCCAUUCACUAGAGUCACUCCCAGGGGGCCUAGAGGGUGUGUGGGAGAUCCAGGCGGGAGAAGCCAAUCAGAUGGUCCACAUGAAUAUCCUGAUCAGCUGUGUGUUGGCUGCCUUCCUCCUGGGGGCGCUAGUGGCAGGCCUGGUGGUGUUCUGCUAUAGAGACUCCUUCCUCCGCCACAAGCCCCGGCACGCCCACAAAGAUGCAGAGUCAGCCCCCUCCUGCAGCGACUCCACCGGAUCCUUCACUAAGUUCAACGGGCUCUUCGACAGUCCUGUCAAGGAGUACCAGCCAAGUCUGGACUGUCCCAAGCUGUACACCAACUUACUGAGCAGUGGUAAGGACCUGACGCCUAACGGAGACACCAAGACCAUGAUCCUCCGGGACGGCUGUCAGCCUCCCGAGCUGGCCGCCCUGCCCACCCCCGAGUCWACCCCUGUGCUGCAGCAGAAAGGCCUGCAGCCAAUCAGGAACCAGUGGGAGCGAGCCAAUCACCACGGGAAGAUCAACGGAUCCAGGAAGAACUCCAACUCUACCUCCUCCUCCUCCAUCGCCAAGAGUCCCCAGUUCCACCCCAGUUCCCCCCCCCCUCCUCACCCCCAGCCCCACCCUGCGCUGGGACACUCCCACAUCCCCAGCGCCGUCGUCCUUCCCAACGCCACGCACGAAUACCGCAGUGGUUACCAUGGAAACCCGGCCGACGACGUCACGCCGCCACGCACCCUGGACAGGAAGCCAGAGAACAUGGAACACCUGCAGGCCACGCCCCCUCAUUCUAAAGGAAGCAGAAAGGAGCAGAAGAGGUCGCUGGAUGCCAGGAACACACUGAACGACCUGCUGAAGCACCUGAACGAUGCUAACACGGCUAACGCUAGCUCCAAGGCUAUCCUCCAAGAGGGGGCCGGCUCAGCGCCCCGACCCAGCAGACAACACCUGAUGCUGGAGCCUCUARGGGACAUCACUGAAGUUCCCCCCAAGGUCCCCAGCCGAGAGGCCUCUCUUUACUCCCCCUCCUCCUCCUCCUCCCUGCCCAGGCACAGCCCCACCAAGAGGGUUGACGUCCCCCUGCCCUCCACCCCUAGCUCCCCCACAGGCAGCCUGGGUAUGGGAGGAAGCAUGAGCGGCACCCUGGAGAGGAGGUACGGCUCUCAUCACAGGAGCUCUUCUCACAGACACUCCCUCACCGCCACCUCUCCCAACGGGGUCAGUAUGGGGGUGUCGUUGUCCCACCAACACAGUAUGAACAGAGGGGGGUACAUGCCCCCCACCCCUCCCUCCAGACUGGACUCCCAGAGGGGGCUCCAGUCCCCCCAUCAACAACCCCACCCCCCCUCCCUGUCCCGCCAGAGCAGCUACAGUGGGCACGGCUCGCUCCCCCGCCAGGGACUUAAACGGACCCCGUCCCUAAASCCUGACGUCCCGCCUAAACCCAACCCCUUCACCCCACAGACUCCUCAGAUGAGGGUGGUCAACAAGUACAGCUACUAGGACACUAUGGAGUGUACUACCAAGUGUACUAACUGGGAAAGGGCAGGGGCACUACUGAGUGUGCUCUAGAGCCAGACUGGUUGUGAGAAGGCUUAGGGAGGGAGUAGGACCAUGUGUGUGUCGGGGUGUGUCCCCAUGGAAUGAUUCAUUCCUUCACUCUAAAAAGGGAAAAUCACACCAGUGGCCAAAGAUGUGACGUGGAGUUCUGUGUCUUGUCUUGUGGCUCCAUGUUUCUCUCCAUCUCACAACACACUGGUCAGUCUCCUCUAACCCUGACCCCUGGCCCUGACUCACUAACCCCAGCCCCAGGACAUAAGGCAGGGUGGGGGUAGAUGGGUGUAGGGGUCCUGUAGGGGACUAGUGUGGCCCCCAGUGUGUAGCCUGGCUCUAUGAUCCAGACUGUGGACGGUACGAGGUCUAACUCCGAGAACUACUUGAAGAAUGGGUCUGAUGUCUCACUGUCACUAAGCACUGUCUGUUUGUGUCACAAAUGGCACCCUAUUCCCUUUGUUGUCAACUACUUCUGACCACGGCACAUAGGCCUGGUUGUACCUAGUGCACUAUAUAGGGAAUAAGGGUGCCAUUUGGGGGACACCCUCUGUCUUCCCAUGAAUGUGAACUGGACUGAACUGAACAGGGGGGAGGAAUACGAUAGAACUGUUUGUAUCUUAUCUGUCUGACUGAUGGGGGAGAGCAGCGAGGAGACACACUAAACAUAGUGUCCCUUUAGAGGUGUUUAACUCAACUAUAAAGACGGAGGAGGAAGGAAUUCAACAGAGAGAACACCAGUGUGUGUCAGCUGGAGGGCAAAACCCAAUGUACAGCAAACACAUACACACACACUUUGCUUGGGGAGGUGAAAGGCCUGGCUGCCUACGUACCCUAACAGGGACCCUCUGUAACUCACUGGGAUAUCUACUGAACACGUUUGCUGCUAUUGGUUUAUGAUGAGUAAUGUAUGUUGCUAUUGGUUUAUGAUGAGUACUAUAUGUUGAGUGUGUUUAGUCCUCUUAUGCGUCUGUACCCUACAGCUGCCGUUGUCUCCUGACGUAUGUGUGUGUGUGUGUGUGUGUGCGUACAGACCAUGCAAUUCAAUGCACCGUUAGAACAGGCUCCAGUGCCAUCAGAGUCCUCUAUCAACACAUACCACUCUUCUCCUGUCUCACACAGACACACAGAUACAAACUGGCGAUGCAGAGACCUUUCCUCCAGUCUUUCAAUGUAGCAGAGUGGUAUUUAGAAACAUUUCAUCCAACCCACUUCAACAGGCUGGUGUUGUUUUGGUUUGGUUUUCUUUAUUUUAUUCAGAAAUGAAAGACGUAAACAUUUUAUGCAACACCAAUGUGUUUAGUUCUGUCAGGUUGAAAUGGCGUUCUGCAACAUGUCAGUCUCACCUG